AUGGGAAGCACCGCAGAGGCGGAGGGGAGGUCUCUGGAGCAGAGCAGAGCCUGGGUUGUCACUCUGCUAGUUGCUCUUGGAAUUAAUGGGUCAUCUCCGUCCCUCCGUGCCCCACAUCUCCGCAGCUACGAUGUGGAUUGCCUCAUUGAAGAAGCAGCCAAAAUGGAGAAGAUCAAAUUUCAGCACAUGGUGUCCAUCUGUGGGGUGUGCAGGCAGCCCCUGGGCAUUGUGAUGGAGUUCAUGGCCAGCGGCUCUCUGGAGAAGAUGCUGCCCACACACAGCCUCUCCUGGCAGCUCAAGUUCCACAUCAUCCAUGAGACCAGCCUGGCCAUGAACUUUCUCCACAGCAUUAGGCCACCCCUGCUCCACCUGGACCUCGAGCCAGGCAACAUCCUCCUCGAUAGCAACAUGCACGUCAAGAUUUCGGACUUCGGCCUGUCCACGUGGAUAGAACAGUCGACCCGGAUGCAGUACAUCGAGAGGUCAGCUCUGCGGGGCACCCUCAGCUACAUCCCCCCUGAGAUGUUCUUGGAAAGUAACAAGCCCCCAGGACCCAAGUACGAUGUGUACAGCUUCGGGAUUGUCAUCUGGGAGCUCCUCACUCGGAAGAAACCCUACGCAGGCUUCAACAUGGUGACUGUUGUGGUCUCCCUGCAGCCUGCGUCGGACGAGUGGCCAGGCGAGGCCCAGCAGAUGGUGAACCUGAUGAGACGCUGUUGGGAUCAGGACCCUAAGAAAAGGCCCUGCUUUCCAGACAUCACAGUCGAGACAGACAUGCUGCUGUCUCUGCUGCAAAGUCCUGUGGCAGACCCAGAGAGUGAGGCUCUGGCCAGGAAGGUGUCCUGCAAGUUGUCUCUGCACCGGCCUGUGGAGGUCCGUGACGAGGUCAGCCAAGAGCUAACUGACAAUGACUUGGAAGACUACUUGAAGCGGGUCCUGCAGCUCUCGGACUGUGAGAACCCAGUCCCGAGCGACGAGGAACUGCGUGUCUAUGAGAACAAAGUCACCCCGCUCCACUUCCUGGUGGUGCAGGGCGGCGUGGAGCGGGUGAGGCUGGUGCUGGCCCACGAAGUCGACGUGGACUGCCAGACAGCCUGCGGCUACACGCCCCUCCUCAUCGCCACCCAGGACCAGCAGCCCGACCUCUGCGCCCUGCUCCUGGAGCACGGGGCGGACGCCAACCUGGCAGAUGAGGACGGCUGGGCCCCGCUGCACUUCGCAGCCCAGAACGGAGAUGACCACACUGCACGCCUGCUCCUGGACCACGGGGCCCACGUGGACACCCGGGAGCACAAGGGGUGGACCCCGCUCCACCUGGCCGCACAGAACAACUUUGAGAACGUGGCCCGGCUUCUGGUCUCCUGUCAAGCUGACCCCAACCUGCACGAGGCCGAGGGCAAGACCCCUCUGCACGUGGCCGCCUACUUUGGCCACGUCAGCCUGGUCAAGCUGCUGACGGGCCAGGGGGCUGAGCUGGAUGCUCAGCGCAGAAACCUGAGGACACCUCUGCACCUGGCGGUGGAGCGAGGCAAAGUGAGGGCCAUCCAACACCUGCUGAAGAGUGGGGCGGCUCCUGACGCCCUUGACCGGCGCGGCUACAGCCCACUGCACCUGGUGGACCGGGGAAAUUACCUGAUCUGCAAGACGCUGCUCAGCGGGGCCAGCCUCCAGCUGCCAACCCAGCAGGGCUGGAUGCCCCUGCAUCUCGCAGCCUACAAGGGCCACUUGGAGGUCAUCCACCUGCUGGCUGAGAGCCUCACAGAACUGGAGGCUCCUGGAGGCAUGCAGUGGACGCCCCUGCACCUAGCCGCCUGCCACAGGGAGGAGGAGGAGGUGGUGGUGCUGCUGCGGUGUGGUGCAGACCCCAACGCCGCCGAGCAGUCUGGCUGGACACCCCUCCACCUGGCCGUCCAGAGGGGCGCCUUGCUGAGCGUCAGCAAGCUCCUGGAGCAUCACGCAGACGUCCAUGCCCACAACAAGGUGGCUGCCCUCAAGGGCCACAUGGCCAUCCUCAGAGUGCUGGUCCCAUCUGGUGCCCAGCUGGACAUCCAGGCUGGGGUGGGCUGCAUGCCCCUGCAGCUGGCCCUCCGGAGCCAAAAGCAGAACAUGAUCGCCUUCCUGGAGGGCAAGGAGCCCUCCUCACUGGCCCUUCUGGGUGAUGCCGAGCCUGGAGCCCAGACAGACGCGUAA